GUGUGCCCUGUACUGAGGGCUGAGAACUAGGCAUGUUGGGUAAAGACCCCCCCACCACCAGCAGCCUUCAACUGAUGACCUCUGACCCCUCUGACAUCGCUGUGGAACCCAGCGACAUCACAGACGGCCUCGGCAUCAGCAGGAAGAUGUCGGACGUAGUUGAGAGUUUGGACACCAGAGAGUUGGACAUGGGAGAUGGAGAGGAGACUGACAAUGACCCUACCACCAUAGGGGACAGUCGUAUAGGGUUCAGUGCUGUGUAUCACACCGUGGGUUUUAAGGAGUCGACGGCCAGGGUCUAUCUCCCUACUGUUCCCAUCACUGCUAACGAUACUGGGGCUGGAGAGGUUCAACACCGCCCAGGACAGGUUCAACAUCACAGCAACAGAGGAGGUUCAACAAGCUGGGUGAUCAAGAGAAAGGAGAAACACUUCAUGGACCUCCACAGAGAACUGGUCCGAUACAAGAUGUUCAUGAGGCCACACAACGAGGAGGAGGACAAUGAAGAAGAGUGA